AUGUAUUUAGAUCUUGGGACAGCAUGCAAUGAUGGAGUAAACUUUUCAAACCUGCAAUACUUAUCAGAGGCUAUUUCAACAGUAAAAUUGACAAAUAGAUAUAAUACAAUACCACAAAAUGACAAUGAUCAGAUUAGAAUUAAGACACUGACCACAAUACAGUACGAACCUAUUUCUGCAGUUAAAGGCCAAAGAAAGUUAAAUGUAUGUUGCAUUAACCCAAGAUCAGUUAAAAAUAAAACUCUGGCCAUUUGUGAUUUUAUACUUUCAUACAAAUUCGAUUUGGUUGCAAUCACCGAAUCAUGGCUUGGAACUUCAGUUGACAAAGUAUGUCUGAAUGAACUUUUGCCAGAGGGGUAUCAGAUAAAACAUGCCCCGCGCCCUGGUGGGAAAGGUUAUGGUGGUGUCGCCGUGAUUUAUAAGUCAAAUAUAAAUGUUCAGGUUCUAACAUCAACUCAUGAUAGUGAGUACUCAACAUUUGAACAUUUAGAUUGCAAGAUAACAAUCAAAAAUUAUUCAAUGAGGUUAGCUAUUGUUUACCGACCACCCCCAUCUAAAGGAAAUGAAUUAAAAACUAGUGUAUUUCUAGAAGAAUGGGCAGAAUUCCUAGCACAAUUUGCUGUGACUGAUAAGAACAUUAUAAUAACAGGAGAUCUGAACUUCCACCUGGAUAUCCCCACUCAACCUGACACAAUUAAAUUCACAAGCAUUCUACAAUCAUGUGGAAUGGACACUGACAACUUAAUUUCGAACAUUAAGGUUGUUGAUCCAGGUUUAUCAGACAACAAAUCUGGAAAAGUGACAAAAGAUCAUUAUGCAAUUAUAUUCAAUACCAUUGCUGAAAAACCUCCGCCUAUCCGAAAGUCAGUGACGUAUAGAAAACUCAACUCAAUUGAUAUAGAUUCCUUUAAGAGUGAUAUUGAAUCAUCAACACUCUUACAUCUUGAACACACCGAUCUCGAACAACUUGUAGGAGAAUAUACGAAUGUUCUUUCCACCUUGCUCGAAAAGCACGCUCCAAUUCAAACUAAAACAAUAGUGUUACGACCUUCUUGUGCUUGGUAUACCCAGGAGCUACAUGACGCAAAACAUAUGCGGCGCAAAUUAGAAAGAAAUUGGCAAUCAUCUAAAUUAACUAUAGACCUCGAAAUAUACAGAAAUCAAUGUGCAAAAGUAAAUAAAAUAAUGGUGGAGGCUAAAGUGAACCAUUAUUCUGAUAAGGUAACAUCCUGUUGUCGAGAUCAAAAACAAUUGUUUCAAAUUACCAAUAACAUAAUGAAUGGUCCAACUGAAACAUCUUUACCCACAAACAUAGAAACUGAUAAAUUGCCACAAGAGUUCAGUGAUUUCUUUGUUGAGAAAAUAGAGACCAUCAGGGAUGAAAUAAAAUCAAAAUUAGUUCUAAACCCAGGUGACGUGGAACCGGAACAGAUGGGCGUUGAAAAUAGUCUGACUCGCUUUGAGAAAGCAUCAAAAGAAGAAAUUAAGAAAAUAAUAAAUAGUUCUUCAAAUAAAUCAUGUGAACUGGAUCCUAUACCAACAUGGCUAUUAAAAUCGUGCCUUGGUGAACUUUUACCAUUUCUUUCUAACAUUAUCAACAUUUCUCUCAGUACAGGAAAUGUUCCCACAGAGUUUAAAAGGUCUUAUGUUAAACCCCUUCUGAAAAAAAAACAACAUUGGAUCAAAAUAUUUUAA